AUGAAGAACAAGAAGAAGAACAUAGACCGGAAACAGUUCAAGAAAUCGGCCUUUUUCGGGGUUUUUGGCAGUGUGUACAUUCCCCACGAGAGACAGCGCGACGAAUUUAAUCCCACAGAUGCCCCGCGAGGCCCGUGCGCCGUGUGCGGCGAGGACGGCCUGCCGUGCGCGCGCUGCCGCGUGCACUACUACUGCGGCAAGGAGCACCAGCGGCAGCACUGGCCCCGGCACCGGGCGGGCUGCGGCAGCGUGGAGGCGCGAGAGGGCGGCCUGGUGGCCACCAGGGACAUCCCCGCCGAGACCGUCAUCCUCAGGGAGAUCCCUCGAGUCACCUUCGCCGACCUGCAGGCCCACGGCACACUGGAACAGAGACUGUGCUUCGGCUGCCACGGCCCGCUGCAACGCCGACGUGGACGCCAAUGCCAGCGUUGUGGCGUCCCCGUGUGCGCCGAGGAGUGCAGCGACGACGGCAGGCACGCUGCCGAGUGCAGGGCCUUUCAGCGCGCCCAGUUCAGGGUGCCGGAAGCUUAUGCGGCCGGGGACGACGAUAACUUCGUCAUCCUGGCGGUAGCGGUGCGCACGCUGAGGACUGCUCUGGCCACCCAACGCGACUCCCGCAUCGAGAAGCUGCCCGUCACCGUGGACGUGGACGAAGACUGUGAGAGGGGGCUGACGGAGGCCAUGAGAACCUCGAUGAGAUGGUACCAGGAGACGCUUUCUGCCGGGCUGAGGCGGGUUGCCGUUGAGUGGCUGCGGGAGACGGCCGGCGUGGCGUGGUUGUCCGAGGCGGAGCUGUCGCGCGCCGCCCUCGUCAACCACGUCUUGGGCGAGUCUGUCUUUGACCGCGACAUGAAGCCUUGUUGGGGCCUGUUCGUGGGCUCCUCCUUGAUGGAGCCCAGCUGUAUCCCCAACACGGCGCAGCUGCCCCUGGACGACCGCCUCAACUCCCGGGAGUACGUCACGGUGACAUCAAGGGACGUGGCAGCGGGGGAGCACCUCACGGAGUUGCGCGCCAGAUGGUGGGACGACUCCCGUCGCCGCCGUACUCACGUGAGCCUCAAGCGGGGCGUGGUGUGCUGGUGCGCUCGCUGCAGGGACCCCACCGAGCUGGGCAUGUAUGUGGGCUCGCCCUGCUGCCCUUCGUGUGCUGAGAACGGCAAGCUUUCUUACGUGAUCGCUGUGACCUGGGACUUCCAGGAGUGGAAGUGUGAGGCGUGCGGCAAGACAAUGUCGGAGAUCCAAGUGGACGCACUCACCAAGGCGGCCAGGCAGGAGUUGGAACAAUGUUUCAGUGAACGGAAUUGGACCGAAUUUCUCUCGAAGUAUGUGUUCCCGAGGGGCCCGCUCCAUGACACCCACUCGCUGGUGUUUCAAGCCCUGGAGGCGUUGAGGACUUGCGUCGUCACCCCCGCCCAAUUGGAUUCUGCAGUGACUUCGCAAGCUCCUCUUCUCCAACAAGGGGAAGGACCUGCUGGUGCUGAACGGCUUUCCGUACUGCCAGCACUCUGCGAGCAAGAACGGGCAGGAAACUGGCGCUGCACGGACCGGGCGGGCUGCAACGCUCGCGUCCACACCAACGCAGACCUGAGCAACCUGCGUUUGCUGAAAGAUGCUUCGGCGCACCUCGGCCACGUAGAAGACCACCGGGCCAUCGAGGGGCGCAAGGUCAUGCAAGCCCUGAAGCGGAGGGCGCGGGAGGAGCCGAAUGACGCACCUCAGCGAAUCAUCCGGCAAGCCGUUGCCGCGGUGGACGACCCGGAAGUGCUGGCGAAACUCCCCGAGAGGCAGUGUGUCCGCCGCGUCGUCAACAUCCACCAGAACAUCGGCCGGUUCAGAAACCCUCAACUGCUUCAGGACAUCGACCUCAAUGCCCCCUACACGACGACAAUGCGAGGAACGCGCUUCCUCCUCCAUGACUCCGAUGACGUCACCCGCUGGGUAGACACUUGCCGGCGCCUGCAGCGGGGCCUGGACCGGCUGCUGCCGGGUGUCAGCGAGGGUCGACUUGUCCUGUCCAUGUCGCUGCGCUACCUUCUCUUGUGCCGCUUCCCCAAGCCGCAGGACUCGCUCAACGACUACUUCCUCUCCAGAGGCAUGGAAGUUCACUCUUAUAGACCUAAGGAACGGUUCCAGGGAGACCUGGAUGCACUCAAGCAGGAAAUCUUGGAAGCGACCCAUGUGGUUCUCCGCCACCUCUUCUCUCGCGAUGACGCCGAGCCCAAGUUAACCUUAAGAGAUUUCCCGUUCGUGGACUUUUAAAUUAGUGCCUGCGUCUCAACAAACAUUUUAACGCGACGGAUUCAAGUCAAUACAGUUUAUCUUUACUCUCACCCUUUAUCUUCACUCCUAGUACCUUUCAAUAAUCCUUAUUGACAUUCUACUUCUGUAACAUCUGAUCUGGAAGGCUGGUUUUUCGCUUGCGCCAGUACUCCUCAACGCAGACCAGAACUUUGAUUGAAUAAAGUUAACUAAUCCAUUU